CACAGCUAUAGUGCAUUUCUUCUCAUUUCGGCAUGUGUGAUGUGCAGUUAUUUUCUAGCCAAACAAUUAUUUUAAAAACUACUUUGAAAGAAACAUUUAUAAACGCUAUAAUUAAGCGAGGAUAUAUCCUCAAGGAUUAACGUGUCAGAGUAUUGCUAUGUGAAGAUCCUUCCGCCCGUACCUGAAGACACGGGAAACGCGCGCGCUGCACUCCUUACCAAUGGAAGCAUGUCUGCCACUUUAAAGCAACCUGCAAACUCCCUGCAGAGCCUCAAACAAGAGUUUGCUCUGACACAAAGUUGCUCCAACAGUGAUGAGGAGGGAACAGACAGCCUCUGCGACAACCACUUUACCAUCGUCAAACUUGAAGAUGAAGAUCCAGAAACCGAGAUGGACCUGAGUAUAUUUGCUCCUGUCGAGUCCUCGGAGUGUGAAGACGAAGAUGAGCUUUCAGACUCAUCCGGCGCUUCUAUCUGGAGAAAGAAGAGCAUCAGAGAGCGAGAUAACCAGGAGGAUUCGGCGCCCCUUGAGAAAGUGGCUUCCAGGAGGAGAUUAAAAGGACAGCGAAAGAGCCGACAGACCUUUCUGGCUGAGCAGAGACACAAUCAGAGCCUUGAGUGUAGUGCAGCAAACGGGGACAUGAAUGUAGGACUCCCGUCUGAGGAUCACACAUUUCACCGAGCUGUGCCUCCGUCUGAUUCAGCCAGAGGUCCUGCAGAGAUGUCUGGACUGGACACGGCAAUCAGCCCUUUAGCUGCCAUGGAGCCUCCUGUAUUUCCAAAUGCACCAGUACAGAGCAAAUCUGUUGUUGGGGAGGAUCAGCAGAAUAUACUACUUGAGGUCCUGAACCAUUAUAGGUUCCUGCAUGCAGCAGUGCAGAGGCUUGAACAGAAGAUUGACAGGCAGAUGUCAAAUGAGUCGUCGUAUGAAAGGAGCUCAGCGAAGCUGAAGAAUGGUCCAAAGAGAGGGGCGUCUCUGCCUGCUGAAGACAGGCAGCUGUCCUGGUCUUUGGCCCAGCAGCUUGAUCCACCAGUCCAGAGAAACCCCCGCUGGAUCCCUCCCUGGAAACGAGGGCUGGACAGGGCAGACCUUCAGCAGGCUGACAACAGCAGCCUUCAGUCGGGCAAACCUCCUGGCGGUGGACGCGGUCGCAGGGGGCGCAGCAGCAGAUCCCAGUGUCAGUCUCAAACUCCUGAUCCUGCUUCACUCGUGUCAAAGCCCAAUGGAGAUGCGAUCCGCACUGCAUCUACAGAUGAUCCACAGUUGUGCCAGGUAAUGAAGAACGGCUCUCAGGCUAACACUGGCUCAAAGCGUCAGCAGAAAAGAAAGAAAACCUUGGCUCAGGUGGACGAGGAGGAAAUUGAACUGGAGAAAAUGCCCAACAAUAAAGAGGCUACACUUGAAGUUCAGGUUGACAACAAAGUAAUGAUCGGAAGCCCCUUGAGGAAGGUGUGGAUCCCGCUGUCUGUGUACAAGGAGGUGUUUACGGCGGUGGAGCCCCAGAAGGCUGUAGUGCCGGUGCUUCAUGCUCUCUUCCCCAUCAGCACUCUGUCCUGCAGUGCGGUCACAGGAAACCCUGCAAAAGGCAUCCAGCAACUCGACCCCAACAAAAUAGAAGCCCUUCGAGAGUUUCUAGCUGAGAUGUACCCACAGUUUGACGUCGGCGUGAGGGGUGUGUCGUGGGCACAGUGUCUUGGAGUGAUAAACAACGUCACCAAAGACCUCAAGAAAAAAGCUGAAAAAACAUCACAUCUGCCAACAGAGGUUUGUGACACAAGAAGUGAUUGUUCAUACUCCGGAGGAUCUGACACUCGUACUCUGUGCAACACGACUUGUUAACCUAAACCUGUUUUAUUCACUUCAGUCAAUCAUCUAAACUGAUACAAUGUUCGUAACUGAAGUGCAAGUCCCAGUUUUGACAACGGCUGUCUUUUUUUUUUUCUCUCUUCUAUAGCUGCUAAGUUUCAAUGGAGAGAAAAUUUUUGGAUACGUAAUAUAUUAAUUCUUUUGUUCUUAAUAAAUCCAUAUAUUAACCACUUUUGUUUAAACAUCUAUAUAUUUAUGUACAUUUUAUGUUGCUAAA